AGACUGUACAGACUCCCAUCGCAGCAUUGUACUAUAUUUCAACUUCUCUUUUCCGCACCAUUUUCAUGUGCAGAAUGUACCCCUCAAAAUGAUGACCCCUAAAUUUCUUCCUAGAGUAACGAGUUGCCUCGUGACCUUGAGAUCGCCCGCCAGCGGUCAAAGUCCAUACGAAGACUGCCCACGAGUCACGAGGUCGAUACAAAGUCCUCGGCUAUAUAAUCCAUUUGCAAGUCAUACGAUGCAAGCAAGCCAGCAUCGGCUCGAUGUCCACACCUGCUGAAGGAGCUGGUAUUUUUUGUGCAGACCAUCCUGAUAGAGAGAAAGAAAUCACGAACAGAUCCUCAGCUUGAAGGACUCAUAUUUACCAUAUAUUUGACAAACGAGUCGGUGGUAGCGGAUCGGAUCCAUUCCUUCUGAGGCAAUCGACGGCUCUGUGAAGGAGAAGCUGAUAGGAUUUGCAAGAUACUGGUAAAUAUGAAUGCACUUUCGUCUACCGGUAGCUUCUUCCUACUGGAUGAUCCAAAUGCGCAGCGUCGACAGACGAAUGGAUCUGGAGCAGGUGCUUUAAUAAAUGUCAGGAUGAUGUCGGUGCGAGAUGUGGCUCCGCAGGGGGCCAUCAGAGAAAUCUCCCUCCAGUUGUGGGAUACCAAAAAUAGCCGGAAAUUAUGGGGCUCGGGCUCGGCUUCAGCUGGCUGCCAAAACCUGGCCAUGCGACAAUGCCACUACUUCACAGGGAGUAGAACUCCAUCUCUGACCGCGGCCAUUGUGAUACCAUCCAGCACGGAGGACCGGCUUCAUUCAGCGAUCGCUAUGGCAGGACUUUUUGGCACCCGACUGAGGAACCCCCUGAAACUAGAACGAGAGCAUGUCCUCACCGAACAACAAGUUUCCAAGGCGAAAGAAGCAUUCGACAAAUUCAUCGGAUCCGUGCAAUCGAAUCCGGAGAGGAGAGAAGGAGCAUACCCAUACUACCUUCUGCACAAACCUGGAGAAUCCGUGUAUGGAACAGUUUUAUUUUUCCAUGGCUUUUCAGCCAAGCCCGAUCAGAUGUGGCGGCUUGCUCAGUACUUAUUCGACAAUGGCUUCAACGUGUACCAACCUGCGCUAGCCAACCACUAUCUCACCAACCCUGACAAGAACUGGCCUCAGGUCGAUCUUAAACCACAAUGGAAAGGCCCAAUUCGAGAGAAGUGGUUACAGGAUCCAGUGCUAAAGGGUGCUAUCGAUAGCCUUGGCGGCCUCACUGAAGUGACUCAAGAGCAGUUGGAUUUUGUAUUAAACAGAGUAAUGGCUCUGUCACCGGAUAUGGACGAUAUUGUAGACGCGAUAAAUGAUGGAGACUAUACAGCCGCAUUCAAGAAGUACUUCGAUUCCACCCACUUGAAAUACGUGGAGGAUGCGGAGGCACGCCUGAAGGAAUGUGAAUCACUUCCAGGUCCCGCGUUCUCCAUCGGACUGUCUGUGGGAGGAGCAGCUGCUUUGGCCCUUGGUGCCCAUCAACCGGACAAAAUUGCCAAAGUUGUCGCUUAUGCUCCACUUUUGAGGCAAGUAGGUGAAGUUACAAGACAAGCCUCGCUAAUCGCAGGCCCACUGGACGUGAAGAGAUAUGGAUGGGAUCCCAACUUGCAGUUUACAGUGGGUUGUUACGCCGCCAGUGAUGUGUUCGGAAGCCACGUACUGAAGGAAGCUGACAAAAUCGCUUCAAUUCCCACUUUUCUGAUGCUCACUGAGAACGACGACUCGGCCGACAUUCCUACCAACAAAGCAUUCAACGAGCAUCUGAAUGCCCUAUCAGGACGAUCAGGAACACCCCAUUUGCAGGGCAUGUACACCGCCGAUAUGAGAGUACCGCAUCCGAUGGUGGAUCCCGUGGAGGUGAGUCAGAACAUGACGAACAGAUACUGGGCAAGCCUAUACCAGGAGACAUUCCGUUUUUUGACCCAGGGAGUCGUGAACCAGGCGCAGUUGAAAAGUCAGUCGCAGGAUUCAUCAUUACCUGCUGUGCCCCCUGUUUAGGUGGAUUCGAAAAGGAGGUCGAAUCGCUGAUAGUUAGUAGUAGUUGACAGCAUUGCUCUACCCUUUCCGCAGUAGGCACACUAUUGAUCAGGAGGACGAUUGAUAGUCGAUCAGGAUCAGGACUGCACUACGAGAUGACCUGACUCUGCUUUUCAUGCCCCUGUGCUCAUGCCAAGUGUUGACAAUUACAAAGGGAACCAGAGCAAUCUCGUGAAAUGAGUUGCGACCUGCUCCGUUCCAUGCCAACCCCAUCGCCUCCGCAACACUGCGCCACAGACAACGACACAGACAUCUCUCACAUUGUCUGUGGUUUGAGUUCGAUUGAGAUCAUGUAUACCUUUCGUGUUUCUGUUGCACGAUCCGGUCAGGUUCUGCUGUUCUCGCUGAAUGUAAUGUAAUAUAAUCUGAUCUUGAGCAUAAAUUGACACCC